ACCACCGCGUCUCUAACGGAUGUUAUCUUCUUCUGUUCUUUUUAUCUGUUAACCGGCUACCUAGAACUAUAGUUGAUAAACGUUGUUUUCCCAUAUUGUCACCUCUAGAUCUAUCCGAUUCACUGUUUUUAUUUUUUUCAUUUUCAUUUUGAUUAAGAUUUAUAGUUCAACUUUGAUAACAUUGUUUCCCAUAUCCUUUGUUUCUCCGAAGGAUGAAUUUUUCAAGGAUUGGGCGCUCCCUGUUGCGCUCUUCUAGCUCUAGAAAUUUGUUGCACGGUGAUGGGAGAUUGGGAACCCUUUUCGGAGUGCCACGAACGAAUCCUUAUUCCGAAGGAGCGGAAGGGGGAUUAGGGUUUUUCAGGGGUUACGUAGCUUCUACCACAGCGCGCAGUAAUAGUCUCGUUUCCAAUUUGCCUGAUUUUAAAACUGUUGCUGCAAACCCUAGGCUGCUUCACCGUCUGUUUUCCAGCGAAGCCCCAAAGAAGAAGAAUUAUGAGAACUUUUAUCCCAAGGAAAAGAAGGAAGUUCCCAAGGGAAACGAUAAAAAUAAUGAGUCUAAAGAUGGCUCGAACACAAAUACAGAUGAUCACGGAAAUUUUCAAGAGACUUUCAUGAAGCAUUUUCAAAAUCUAAUCACGCCAUUAUUGGUGGUGGGGCUAUUUCUCUCAUCUUUUUCUUUUGGUCCUCGCGAGCAAAAGCAGAUAAGCUUUCAGGAGUUCAAAAAUAAGCUUUUGGAACCAGGUCUAGUCGACCAUAUUGUUGUUUCAAAUAAAUCAGUAGCCAAAAUAUUUGUAAGGAGCUCUCCACGUAACCAAACAGACAGUGAAGUUGUCCAAGGGACCCUCCCUGCAAAGGGACCUGGUGCCCAAUAUAAAUAUUAUUUCAAUAUUGGAAGUGUUGAGUCUUUUGAGGAGAAGUUAGAGGAAGCGCAAGAUGCACUAGGCAUUGACCCUCAUGAUUAUGUUCCUGUUACAUAUUCUUCUGAAAUGGUUUGGUACCAGGAAUUGAUGAGAUUUGCUCCAACCCUGUUACUUUUGGGAUCUCUCUUGUAUGUGGGAAGGAGAAUGCAAGGUGGACUUGGUGUUGGCGGCGGCGGCGGCGGUGGGAAGGGUGCUCGUGGAAUAUUCAACAUAGGAAAAGCCCAUGUUACUAAAGUUGACAAAAAUGCCAAAAACAAGGUCUAUUUUAAAGACGUUGCUGGCUGUGAUGAGGCAAAGCAAGAAAUUAUGGAGUUUGUCCACUUCCUCAAGAACCCUAAGAAAUACGAAGAACUUGGUGCAAAAAUUCCUAAAGGUGCUCUUCUGGUGGGUCCUCCGGGAACAGGAAAAACCCUUUUAGCAAAAGCAACUGCAGGGGAAUCUGGUGUGCCAUUCCUUUCUAUAUCCGGUUCUGAUUUCAUGGAAAUGUUUGUUGGUGUUGGACCAUCUAGGGUGAGAAACUUGUUUCAGGAAGCAAGGCAGUGUGCUCCCAGUAUAGUAUUUAUUGAUGAGAUUGAUGCAAUUGGUCGAGCAAGGGGACGUGGAGGCUUCUCUGGUGCUAAUGAUGAGCGUGAAAGUACUUUAAAUCAAUUGUUGGUUGAGAUGGAUGGUUUUGGAACUACUGCUGGAGUUGUUGUGCUGGCAGGAACAAAUAGACCUGAUAUCUUGGACAAAGCUCUGCUUAGGCCUGGGCGAUUUGACCGCCAGAUAUCAAUUGAUAAGCCUGAUAUUAAAGGUCGUGAUCAGAUAUUUCAGAUCUAUUUGAAAAAGAUCAAACUUGACCAUGAACCAUCAUAUUAUUCACAAAGGCUUGCAGCCCUUACACCUGGAUUUGCUGGAGCAGACAUUGCUAAUGUUUGCAAUGAAGCUGCUCUGAUUGCUGCAAGAAAUGACGGAACACUGGUCACAAUGGACCAUUUUGAGGCAGCUAUUGAUAGGAUCAUUGGUGGUUUGGAGAAGAAGAACAAGGUAAUAAGCAAGCUGGAAAGGCGUACUGUUGCUUACCAUGAAUCAGGCCAUGCUGUUGCAGGUUGGUUCUUGGAACAUGCUGAGCCCUUGUUGAAAGUAACUAUUGUUCCUCGUGGCACAGCAGCUCUUGGGUUUGCCCAAUAUGUUCCAAAUGAGAACCUUCUCAUGACAAAGGAGCAGCUUUUUGAUAUGACUUGUAUGACGCUUGGUGGUCGGGCUGCUGAGCAGGUUCUCAUAGGUAGAAUCUCAACGGGAGCACAAAACGACUUGGAAAAAGUGACCAAAAUGACGUAUGCCCAAGUAGCAAUCUAUGGUUUUAGUGAAAAAGUGGGCCUCCUCUCUUUCCCUCCAACAGAGGACUCUUUUCAGAUGUCCAAACCGUACAGCAGUAAAACUGCUGCAAUCAUUGAUACUGAAGUGAGAGAAUGGGUGAACAAAGCAUAUGAACGUACCAUAAGCCUCAUCGAGGAACACAAGGAGCAAGUGGCUCAAAUUGCUGAGUUGCUUCUUGAAAAAGAAGUACUUCACCAGGAUGACUUGCUUCGAGUUUUGGGUAAGCGGCCAUUCCAGUCUAGUGAACCUACCAAUUAUGAUAGAUUUAAGCAAGGAUUUGAAGAGGAAGAUGAAAAAAUCGUAGAGAGCACCAUCGAUGGACCUGAACAGGGUGGGGGGUCUUCACCUUUAGAGCCUCAGGUCGUUCCUGCAUAGUUGAAUAAGCUUCUCUUUGUUAUUGUACAUGAAUUUCUUGUUUUGUCAAUUAGCUGACUUGCAUCAAACUUGUAUGAUAACUGCAGAAUAAAAAUAAUUCGUUUCUGAUUUUUCAUAUAUGGAUGUGUAAUGUUAUAGACCAGC